UGUAAGGUAAACGGAAAUGUUUCAGUAAUUAUGGCUUACGAUUUCGCAAGGAUAGCUUUUGCAUCAGCCGAAAACUACGAGAACGUUAGAUCAGACUACCCUGAAGAAGCGGUCAAGUACUUUUUACACAAACUUGGUAUAAAAGUUAAUGACCGCACAGUCAGUUCGAAGGAAGCUCGCCCCUUCACAAUCUUGGAAGUAGGUAGUGGGACAGGAAAAUUCACUCGGGUGAUGGUGAAAGUGUUGUCAGAUAAGAAUGUCAGGGUAAUUGCGAGCGAGCCUUUGGAGAGCAUGUGUGAGCAGUUUAAAGUAAUGGUACCUAGAAUGGAUAUCAUCCAAUGUGCUGCCGAAUGUAUACCCCUCCCUGAUGCCAGUGUGGAUGUAGUUGUUGCUGCUCAAAGUUUUCACUGGUUCACAAACCGUGCAGCUUUGGAGGAGAUUCACCGAGUUCUAGUUCCAAAUGGGGCUUUUGGUACCCUAUGGAAACUGUUAGACCUCUCUAUUCCAUGGGCCAAACAACUUGGCCAUCAUUUGGACGUUUUAGACAAGGAAAGUUCAUUAGUUUUUCCACAUCAAGAAGAAUGGAAAGAAGUUGUUGGCAUGCUUGUAAAGAGUUUAUUCAGUUUUCCACAAGAGUACAUAGGGUUUGAGCACAGUUUAGAAGUAAGUUCUUGUAAUCAAGCUUAUCAACAUUUUGCUUCCUAUUCUGUUAUUGCUGGAAACAGUGAAAUUAAAAAGAAGGCUUUUAAAGAGUUUUUUGAUGAGCUCAUGAAAAUGCAUUUUAAGGAAAAAGGCAACCCAUGUACUAAGAUUCCAUUUACAAUAUACAUGUACUGGUUUCACAAAGAAGUUUAAAUUUCAAGAACUCACAAAUGAUAUGCGUAGUUUUUUAUGAGUAGCACAAUAGCAUAAUAAUAUUAUUUAGAAAUUCUUGUUGCUAUUUAACAACAUUGUAAUUUUAAAAUAAUAUAUCAGUGAAAAAGAAAUAGUUUAACUAAUUUAUCACUACUAAACAUUAUUUCUCUGAAAAUGAUGUGCUGAAUCUAGGGAGUACUUUCUAGAGUCGGGGAAUAGAAUGUCCGAAAGAGAAUGACACAAAGUGAAGAGAUGAAUAACCAACUAAAUAAUUUGAAGAGAAAACAGAUCUGAAACAUAAUUUUUUAUUGAUGAAAGUUUGAGAACCAUAUGUUGAUACUGGAAAUGCAGAGAGUAGUACGUAUGGCAACACUUGCGAUGUUCAAACUUUAAAACUUGAUGUACAGGAGAGAUGUUCACUAACAUUGCUGUGUAUUUUACAUCACACCUAGCACAUCCUUAAUUUUUUUUUAAUUAUACCAGUUUACUUUUUUAAUAUGACAUAAAGUCUAUGGACAAUCUCCAUCUAUUCCAAAUACAUUAUAUUGAGUAACACCACCAAAAUGCCUCAAGAAAACUCUCUACCUCAAAUUUAACUUGGGUUAUGUAUUGCAUCAGAAACAGCAAAGUUCAUUUAAGGGUUCUAGCUUUUUUCCCCACAAAUUUCAAGAUCCAUAAGUGACAAUUUAGAGAUGAUAAAUACAAUUCAGCUUGAGUACAUCAUUUUUGAAACAAGUGCUUUUAAAUUUGUUCCUAAAAGGUUUUUUAAUUCAUAUUUAACAAACACAACUUUAUAGAUUUUACAAAUGACAAAUAACAUUUUAAAGUUUUCUGUCAUGUAAUUUUACACAGACGACAAAUGAAAACUUAUGUUGACAGACCUCACACUGUUGCCUUCUAGAUGUCAUUAUUACUUUUCUUGGGGAAAGGCUCUAACAAAAGAGCCAAUAAUCUUCAGUAACAUGCCAAUAACUUGUAUUAAAAAAAAAUGAGGUAGCCAACUUUUAAAUUCUUUCUGUGGCACAAAAGUUAAAAAAUCUCCUAUCAAUUGGAACUUUAUCUCCUAGUAUGUUGAAUUCGUGGACACUGUGCUGCAGUUUAGUGCUAGUACAGUAAAAGGUCACACAGUAAUAUUUUCAUUUCAUUCCAAACAUCCCGCCCAAGCCUGUAAUACAGACUAACAUGUCAAAGAUAAUUUAACAAAAAUUCCUAAAAGAAUUUCUUGGCAGCCGCCUCCUUUUGAUUUUUGUAUCCAAUGUAACCAAUCAGCAUAAUUAACUGGGCCACAAUUAAAACCACAAAGUAUCCUGGACCUAUACACUGUGGCAUGGGUGAGGGAGGGGGGCAUUCUUUUUUCUCUUGACCACUCAUCAUCUGAAAAAGAAACAUUGGUCAGGAGUGAGUCAGCAUAAUAAGUAUUAGUGCUACAGAAUUUUCUUUCUCCAAGGAAAAUGAUGUAAUCUCAAGAAAACUUUUUUUAAAUAUGCUUGCUGGCUGAGAC